UGAAAGGAUGAAGCGCGAGCAGUUGCAGAAUAAAAGCUCGUGGUGCGUAACUUGACGGUUCGACUCAUCAUUUUUUCAGGUAACACCGGAUAUAGUGUUAGGGACAGGAUGAUAGAUUAUCGAUGGAGCUUCGUCGUCAGCAUUCUGAGCCUCGUGAUCAUUCCGCGGAAUACGUCAGCAUCCGUUUUGAGAGACUUCACGGAUCGGAAUGACUGGCUGCAGCUAAAUAACACGAAGGAUCGUGAUGGGAUAAGCCAACGAUCGGUGGAAACAGAUGUGUAUGGAUUUCUGGAUCCGGCAUCCGCGCCGCUACACCGUUUCAAACGCACGAUAAUGGAUCUAGGGUUAUCGUGUUUUUUCUGUGAAAUUGGAGUGAACCUGCUGCAGACGCAGAUCAGAGCAGGCCUGUCUGAUGAAGAGCUGAUGGGUCACAUCAAGCCCGUCUGCAUGUUGCAGCUGAGCGAGAGCGUCUGCGAGGGAGUCAACCAAGUAUUUGCGCCUGAAGUCAUCUACAUCCUGCGGCAGGUGGAUAUCACUCGUAGUCAAAUCUGCAGCUUGAUAAUGGGUGAUCAAUGUCGUUAUGUGGCGAAUCCGCUGCAAGAGUGGAGGGUUUCCUUGCCACAUGUUGAAAAACCUCUCGUUCAACCAAUUCUUUCCCCGAAAGAAGGGGUGAAAACUCUGAAAGUGCUUCAUAUUUCGGACACUCACUAUGAUCCGUACUAUCAGGAGGGGGCCAAUGCAGAGUGUGGCGAUCCUCUAUGCUGUAGAUUGACUAGUGGCAGACCUGUUAGACCUUCUGGAGCUGCUGGCAAAUGGGGUGAUUACAGGAAGUGCGAUACCCCGAAGAGAACGCUUGAUCAUAUGUUCCAACACAUUCAGCAUACGCAUCCCGACAUCGACUACAUCAUUUGGACAGGUGACCUGCCGCCCCACGACUCAUGGAACCAAACUCGUGAAGAGAACCUUCAGAAUCUUCGUGAUACAGUAGGUCAAAUGCUUGAAGCUUUCCCACAUGCUUCGAUCUUCCCGGCCCUGGGAAAUCAUGAGAGUGCACCGGUGAACAGCUUUCCAUCGCCAUCUGCACCGGACAAUUACAGCAUCUCCUGGUUGUACGAUGAACUGGCUGAGCAGUGGCAACGAUGGCUACCAUCAAGUGCCUCCACUACCAUCAAGCAAGGUGGUUUCUACUCGGUGCCCGUCAGACCUGGCUUCCGAAUAAUUUCGGUCAACACGAAUUACUGCAAUAAUUUGAACUUUUGGCUGUUGAUUAAUAGUAAGGAUCCGGUUAAUGAACUCCAGUGGCUGAUUGAUGAGCUUCAAGGGGCGGAGAACAGAAGCGAGAAGGUGCACAUCAUUGGACACAUACCACCAGGCACCUCUGAUUGUCUCAAAGUCUGGUCUGCCAAUUAUUACAGGAUCAUCAACAGAUAUGAGUCAACAAUAACUGCACAAUUCUUCGGCCACACCCACUACGACGAAUUUGAAUUGUUCUACGACACUGAUGAUCUCACUCGUCCAGUCAGUGUAGCAUACGUAGGGCCGUCAGUGACGCCAUAUGAGAAUCUCAAUCCUGGAUACAGGAUAUAUUACGUCGACGAUGAUCAAGGGUCGUCGACGAGGCAGGUCGUUGAUCAUGAGACCUGGAUCAUGAAUCUCGAAGAAGCUAAUCUUUACGAUUCACCGUUUUGGUGGAGGUUGUACAGCGCCAGAGAUGCGUAUCAGAUGGCAUCGCUUCUUCCCGCCGAGUGGAAUCGACUGGUUGAUCGCAUGAUCGAUGAUACAGAGAUCUUUGAUGUUUAUUACAAACACUAUCAUAAAAAUGCAUCAGUUAGACCAUUGUGUGACAUCCAAUGCCGAAAACGGCUGCUCUGUGAUCUACGAAACGGUCGCAGUCGAGACAGGAAAGCCUUCUGUCGGAGUAUAGAAGAAAGAAUUGACAAGCAGAGGUACUUCAAUUGGGGGAAUUUGUUUUUCAGUGGUUGAGCAUUCAUUAUUCCUCCAACAAUAGCAAAAGUUUGGUUAAUACCUUUGAAAGGGAGAAGAUGUGACGCCAUUUUGUCUCUGAGAGAUAACCGUAAUGGCCGUUCAACCUCUACAGAAACUUGAGGGUUGUAAAUCAAUAAAAAAUACCAUUUGAUUUUAGAAAAUCAGCUGAUCUCUAAAAUUUGUUUUAUGGAGUCUUGUAAUAUGUAUCGCUAAUGGCAAAGAACCAUUGAAUGAUUAAAAUAUAU